GAGGUAGUCCAGUUGUUCAGUGGGUUGAGAGGGGCCUGCUGGCGCGGAGAGAGACAGGCAGUUUCUUAUUUUGUGUGAAGGAGCGAAAUUUCCAUUAAUCCAAAGUCACCAUGCCUGAGAAACCACCGUCAGCUAUAAAGGACUUCAUUGCGGGAGGCUUUGGAGGGGCUUGCACGGUUGUGGUGGGUCACCCACUGGAUACGAUUAAGGUCCGCCUACAAACUCAGCCAACUCCUAAGCCUGGUGAGCAGUUGCUGUACAAAGGAACAUGGGACUGUGCUUUGAAAACUGUUCGCAAUGAAGGCUUUUUUGGCCUCUACAAAGGUAUGGCUGCUCCAUUGAUUGGAGUUACACCCAUGUUUGCUGUAUGUUUCCUUGGAUUUGGAAUUGGAAAGAAACUCCAGCAAAAGACUCCUGAUGAGAAACUCACUGCUGUUCAGUUAUUUAAUGCUGGCAUGUUGUCAGGAGUAUUUACUACAGCUAUCAUGACCCCAGGAGAAAGAAUAAAAUGCCUUUUGCAGGUUCAAGCAGCUGGCACUGGUCCCAAAUUGUACAAAGGACCUCUUGAUGUUGUGAAGGUCUUGUACAAAGAAGGUGGCAUUCGCAGUAUCUACAAGGGUACUUGUGCCACACUACUGAGAGAUGUACCAGCCUCGGGAAUGUACUUCAUGACAUAUGAAUGGCUCAAGAAUGUUCUCUCCCCGCCUGGAAAGGAAGGUGAACUUAGCCCAGUACGCACUCUGGUUGCUGGUGGAAUGGCCGGCAUGUUCAACUGGUUGGUAGCCAUUGGUCCUGAUGUCCUCAAGAGCAGACUGCAAACUGCUCCUGAAGGGAAAUAUCCAAAUGGCAUCCGAAGUGUGUUUGUUGACAUCAUGAAGAAUGAAGGUCCUCGUGCCCUUUUCAAAGGAGUUGCCCCAGUGAUGAUCAGGGCUUUCCCAGCUAAUGCUGCUUGUUUCUUAGGAUAUGAGGUUGCCAUUAAAUUCCUCAAUUAUAUGGCACCAAAUUUGUAAAGGUUGAUGACUGAUAGAACAUUUACUGUAGUUAUAUACAAUUUGAACUUGAAUUGUAAAUAAUUUUUCAGACAGCAUGAGGUCAGCUCACCCAACUAUAGGCAUGCACAAUACCUCUGCCCAAAUAAGUAAUAAAAAAUUCUCAAUGUUUGCCUGUUCAUAUGAUUUUUUUUUCUAAACAAAUUCUAACUUUUCAAACAAAUUAAGAAAUAUGAUAUUGCAUGUAAGACAGAAAAAGUUCUUAGUGGAAUACAAACCAGAUUCAUUACUCUAUAUGAAAUCUAUUAAGGAAAAUGAUAAUUUAGAAAAUUAUGAAUAUUAUUUUUAUUAUAACUGACAGGAAUCUUAAAACGGUAUAAGAAAAUAUUGCUCAGGAAAAAAAUGUAAGGCAUUUUUGUGUUGUAGUGCAAACAGUGGCACUGCUUCAUAUUUUAACUUGAUAUAGACAGUAUAACAUUAGUCGUAUGAAUAAGAAAAAGUCACUUUAAUAUAUGAAUAAUGCACAUGUAGUUUAGUAAUACCUAAGUAGUAAAUUUAUAAGUUAAAAUCAUAUUGCACCUUGGAGAUUGAAUGUUAUGAGCAUUGAGCUGUGUGCUGUUGUGAGAAACCGCAUAACACCGUCCCUCCCGUGUUUGCCUUGUUGGUAAAUGUAGGAUUUUAUUUCUUUUCUUAAAACUAUAAAUCAUUUCUUGAUAUUAGACAAAAUGACAUAAAUUAAAUCUUGUACUGCCAUUUAUAGUUAAAAGAUAUUUGAUGAAACACCCUUCAGAUCUAUUGUAAUAUAUAUUCUUGUAAGAAUUGUAUUAUAACCUGUAAUAUGUUGUUAAAAUCUGAUGUUUAAAAAGUUCAAGAAAGGUUCUUUUAUAGUUUAACUUGUGUAGUGUAAUAAUACUGCUGUUUAAAGCAGAUAUGAACAAUGCAAUUAAGUUAACAGAUAUUUUUUCAUAAUGUAUUGUAUUUUAUGCAUAUGGACUACCUAAGUGCAGAUAAAAGAUAAAUGUAAAACCUGAGACUAUUUUGCUAUCCCAUAUUUAGCAGCUUAGUAUUGAAUGAAUUUAGUGGACUUUGUAUAUUUCUCCAUAAAGCUUACAGACAGCUUAACCUUGAUAUGGAGCUUGUUAGAUUUCCUGUUUUUAUAUAAAGUAAAAAAACAAAAAGAAAUAUAUUAGAAACAGUUACCAAAA